UUUUACAUAGAACUGGAUAAGAAAAGAGAAGAUAGUGUUGCGUGAGAAACAGAAGCGAGAAAGAAUGGACAAGUAUUUCAAUUCUGCUUAUCGCGGCGACCCAGGCGUGCCCCAUGCCGACCCCCACCGUUUCGUCAACAUUUGGAUCGGAUCCCUUGCCUUUACCGCCAUGAACUGCAUCAAUCCCUACUUCUGGCACACCGGUUCCACCACCUUCAACUGGCAUGAUAGGGUAAUGCUAUUCGAGCAAUAUCACUGGAAAAGGGCGAUGAAGAAGAACCAGCGAUAUGAGUUCAUGUGGAACAAGACAUGGGACAAGGCCCACCGAGAUUCAUACUACUUCAAUUGGCCUGUUUACUUCACUUAGGUCUCUUCCUUUUUUCUCCCCUUGUUGACAUUGUAUUAAUAGUUACUUUGGUUGCAAACCUGGAGAAAAUUGAUGUCCCCUGCCCCUCCUUGUUGUACUCUCGACUAUGGCAUUUUGAAUGUGUGUUUAAACAGUUAUAAGGUUGUGUUUUUUUGUGCUCUGUCUAGUGUCCUCAUGAUGCCAUCGGAUUUCUGAGAUGUUGUGCUUGUUAAAUGGAAAAUUAUAUAAAUUACAGAUUGUUUAGAUGAAA